UUCAUACAUUCCACUCGAAAUGGUUCAUUCAUCAGUUCUAAUUGUUCUUUCACUGACUGCUUCUUCAUCUGCAUUCCUUCUAGAAGGACUCGGUUUAGGAUUAGGUCCACAAAGACCUCAACAAUGCUGCUGUCCACCACCUCCACCACCUCCACCAUGCGGAGGCGGAUAUGAAGCUCCACCUCCACCACCACCACCAUCAUAUGCGGGUGGACCAUCAUACGCUGGACCAUCUUAUGCUGGAUCCUACGGACCAGGACCAUACAGAGCCAAGUCAAAGAGAUCAGUUGACAUGAAAGCUUCAAGUGGAGAUUUGUUCUGUAAUAGUGUUGAAGUUAGAGAUAUUAUCAAGAAGGGAAUGACAUCAGGUGAGAAGGAGUCACGUGAAACAAUCACUGCUCUCCUGAAAACUGAAAUGAACCGUGAAUAUGUUGUGAUCUGCACAAAGCAGCCAUUCGAAUACCUCGCUUCUUCCGAUUCAGAGUUCUGCUCAGUGACAAAUGAUUCAGGAAUCACUUGCUCUUCUUUCGUAUUCUAGAUGCUCAAGCUCUAUGUACAAUUACUAUACGGAAUCUCAGGAAAAAUCCCCAACUUCUUUCGUUUUUUUUGUUAAAUAUGUAUCACAUGACUGAAUACUAUCUUAUAUUGGAAUUGAUAAACAUUUUUAAAACACAA